UUUGCCAAAAGGAUGGACAUGGCUGUGAUGAAUACGUAUUUUAAGAAGAGGGAGGAACAUAGGGUGACGUACAAGAGUGGAGGAAGAUGCAGACAGGUAGAUUACAUCCUGUGCAGAAGAAUCAAUCUGAAGGAGAUUGAAGACUGCAAAGUAGUGGCAGGGGAAAGUGUAGUUAAGCAGCAUAGGAUGGUGGUCUGUAGGAUGACGUUGGAGAUCAAGAAGAGGAAGUUGAAAAAGGAAGACUGCAAGGUUGAGUUUAGGGAGGAGGUGAGACAGGCACUGGGUGGUAGUAAAGAGUUACCAGACAGCUGGGCAACUGCAGCAGAUGUAGUAAGGGUAACAACAAGAAGGGUGUUUGGUGUGAUAUCUGGACAGAGGAUGGAGGAAAAGGAAAUCUGGUGGUGGAAUGGGGAAGUACAGGAGAGUAUACAGAGGAAGAGGAUGGCAAAGAAGAAGUGGGAUAGUCAGAGAGAUGCAGAAAGUACACAAGAGUACAAGGAGAUAAGGUGCAAGGUGAAGAGAGAGGUGGUGAAGGCUAAACAAAAAGUGUAUGAUGAGUUGUAUGAGAGGUUGGACACUAAGCAGGGAGAAAAGGACCUGUACCGAUUGGCUAGACAGAGGGACCGAGCUGGGAAAGAUGUGCAGCAGGUUAGGGUAAUAAAAGAUAAAGAUGGAAACAUACUCACAAGCGAGGAGAUUGUGUUGAGCAGAUGGAAAGAGUACUUUGAGAGGCUUAUGAAUGAAGAGAACGAGAGAGAGAAGAGUAAGGACAGCUAUGAACAGGAUGAAGAAUAGAAAAGCCGUUGGUCCAGAUGACAUACCUGUGGAAGCAUGGAGGUAUUUAGGAGAGAUGGCAGUGGAAUUUUUAACCAGAUUCUUUAAUGGAAUCUUGGAAAGUGAGAGGAUGCCUGAGGAGUGGAGAAGAAGUGUACUGGUGUCGAUAUUUAAGAAUAAGGGGGAUGUGCAGGACUGUAGUAACUACAGGGGGAUAAAAUUGUUGAGCCACAGCAUGAAGUUAUGGGAAAGAUUAGUGGAAGCUAGGUUAAGAAGUGAGGUGAUGAUUAGUGAGCAGCAGUAUGGUUUCAUGCCAAGAAAGAGCACCACAGAUGCCAUGUUUGCUCUGAGGGUGUUGAUGGAGAAGUAUAGAGAAGGCCAGAAGGAGUUGCAUUGCGUCUUUGUGGACCUGGAGAAAGCAUAUGACAACGUGCCUCGAGAGGAGUUGUGGUAUUGUAUGAGGAAGUCGGGAGAGGCAGAGAAGUAUGUAAGAGUUGUACAGGAUAUGUACAAGGGAAGUGUGACCAUGGUGAGGUCUGCGGUAAGAGUGACGGAUGC